ACUGAAAUUAUGUGUACCUGUUUUUUAGACCCUGAAGCUGACCAAUAUUAUUUUAUGUAUUAAACUGAUAGCUAGUGCGUUAGACGCCUUACUGUACAUGCAGUGGCGAGAGAAAAAGAAACAGGUUGAGUGGAUUUUUAAGGAGACUUGAAAGGCUUCUGUAGACUUGCAGCUUAUUACACUAAUGCACAGGGUCCCACAGGAGCCACUCUAAUCUGGCUAAUAUCUCUAAUACUUUAGUCACAGCCAGAUGCCAGGACAACAUCUCAGCAAUGACUUAAACUGGAGCAGAUACUGUGAGCAUUUAGAAAGCGUGCUGUGGUUUACUAGGCUAUUUUACACUGAAAAGCUUACUACCUUGUGCACCAUGGUUAUGCUGAAAAUCUCUGCCUUCUUCAUUGCCUAUGCUUUGAUUAUCUGUCAGAUGUACUGUUCAAAUGCAGCACCGUCCAGGCCUGCUCUUGAACCCUCACCAGACGAAGCCAUGCUCUCUGACUACGAGGCAAGGCGACUGCUGAACGCAUUCAUCAAAGAGUUCGUGCAGAUGGCUGCUGAAGACCUUGAACAGCAGGAGACUGAGGAGAACAGCAGCAUUACAGCACAGAAGCGAGCUUGUAACACGGCCACGUGUGUGACCCAUCGCUUGGCAGAUUUCCUGAACCGCUCAGGAGGAAUUGGAAGCAACAAGUUUGUCCCAACCAACGUCGGCUCGCAUGCUUUUGGCCGGCGGAGGAGACUUAGUCAAGAGUAGACAUGAAUGUCUUAGCAAUAUGGUCACCAGGCUAUACAUAUACAGCUCUCUGCCGUGCCAUGAUCAAGAGAGAAAAGAAAAAAAAAUCAACAUGUGCAUUGAGAUCCCCGGGAAUGGACAUCAUUUCACUCAUCAUCGGAAUGGAUUCCUGUUGACUGCAUUGAUCUGUAAAAACCCAACAGCCCAUUCUCAAACUGUUAUUGUUUGACUCUCUAAAAAAAAGUGAAAGAAAAGGUUUUUAAAAAAGAGAAACAUCCAUUUAAGAGUGAUCAUGCUCAUUUUCCAGUCCUUUUUUUAAAGGAGUGCGAGUGAUGAAAAUGAUUGUUCAUUCUUUUGUUGUCGACAGAGAGCACAUUGUGUGUACAGUAUGCUGUGGCCCAUGUUCCUCUGCUGCACGUCGCAGUAUUGUGGGGAUGAAAUUAAAGCAGUGCCUUGAAAAAGGCUUCCCUGACUUAUGGACGUGUCUCGUGCCUUGAUGUAAAUCCACUUUACAUGCCGCUGUUGUACAGAAUGUUUGAUGCAGAAAGAGGGAGUUGCAAACAAUGACAAUGACAAAAUUGUAACAAUUGUGAAUCUGAGCAAGAUUAAAAUGUAUUUUAGAUACAUAA